GCGCUGACGUCUCUUCAAGGCCCAGUCGAGCUUCCGCCGGGCCAGUGAUCUCCCUACUCGCAGGUUCAAGCAACGGGGCGACGAACACCGAGGACAACCACAAAUGCGUCAGCGUGUGCCAGCGAGCAGGACGGACGACAUGGCAUGCACCGACGCGGAAGCCGUCGUAUGCACGCGCCGACGUCCGCCGUCCGACGUGCAGAGCGCACCAUUCAAUGUCGAGCAGCGAGCGUGGCACGCGCCACGGUGACGCCUCCCCGUGGCUGGCGUUCGGUAGUGUCGACGGCUUCGUGGCGCACGCCGAGCGCCUGAUACGCCCAAUCCGCGUCCAGUCCGAAUCAUGCAUCACCUCCCAGGCAGGCAUCACAGCCUUCCCCGCCUCGUCGACGUGUAUAGAUUGGACAGCCUGCGAGAGAGCAGGGACAAGGACGGGGAUGGGCGGUACAUGCGUACAGCCUCCGAGGUCGAGCCUCCACCCGAGUACAGCUAGCCGCCCGCACCCACCACCUUCGCGUCCUGCCCCCGAUCGCAGAGUCGAGGUGGGACUCUGUUAUCGUUUUGGGGAGCGAGCACCGUGUAUCCGUGGACACAGGCAGUACGUACCGUAUCCAGGUCCCCGUCGCGCCACGCGUAAACCAUACGUAUGCAGAUGCGGGCCAUCACCAUCACUGCCAUCGCUGCAUCAGCAUCACCGUCCGCACGCACCCAAACUUUGCAUGUACACAUACAAGAUGACAUCGGCGGACUCGGAUCCUUCUGCCUCGGAGCAUCGCAAUCGGGGGACCGCAGCGCACCGCACACCGCAAACGGGCGCGCGAGGACGCAUCGUAUUACCAGCCUGCCUACCGUACCACGCCAGGGUCUAUCGUGCCAGCGGGAUCUGGGACCACGCAACUGAUACCACCCGCCGGUGCACCGUGGCCCGGACCACGCAUCGCCGUCGUCCCGUGUCCUAUCGUUGGUCGCCCCAGUCACUGAUGGUCACUCGGCCGUCCAAACGAACGAACCCACACCCCACCCGCGCGCCCAACGCGAGUGGUCCACAGCUCUGCCGCGAGGAUCGGCUGCAGCAUCAGCGGACCCGCGUCUCGGGUGUUUUGAUUUUUCUGUCGAGGUGGUCCCUGGCGCAGGGAGCGCACGCGAGUGUGGACGGACGUGGGUGUCCUCCGUAGCAUGGACAAGACUUUUUGUUUCUCGCGUAACAGCGCGCGCAGGGUCGCAUGCAGGCCUCGGGAUGGUGGCUGCGACAAUAGCAGGACGACGCGCGAGCCACAUGCACGCGGGGCGCAG